AUGGCGAGCAACGGCUACCUCCGCGAGGAGGCCAUUGAUGACUCAGAGCUGGUCGACGACGGCCUCCAUGCGGACUCUGUCCACCACCGGCUGCGGGCCAAUUCGACUGUCAUUCAAUUCCAGAAGAUCCUCGUCGCCAACCGCGGUGAGAUCCCCAUCCGUAUCUUCCGUACCGCCCACGAACUCUCCCUCCAGACGGUCGCCGUCUACUCGUGGGAAGACCGUCUCUCCAUGCACCGUCAGAAGGCGGAUGAGGCCUAUGUCAUCGGCAAGCGCGGCCAAUAUACCCCCGUGGGCGCCUAUCUGGCCGGUGACGAGAUCAUCAAGAUCGCCCUCGAGCACGGGGUGCAGCUGAUCCACCCCGGUUACGGUUUUCUGUCCGAGAACGCCGAGUUCGCCCGCAAGGUCGAGAAGGCCGGCUUGGUCUUUGUUGGUCCGACUCCAGAGACCAUUGAGAGCCUAGGUGAUAAGGUUUCUGCCCGCCAGUUGGCUAUCCGUUGUAAUGUGCCUGUCGUCCCUGGCACUGAGGGCCCUGUCGAGAAAUUCGAGGAUGUCAAGGCCUUCACGGAUACCUACGGGUUCCCUAUCAUCAUCAAGGCUGCCUUCGGUGGCGGUGGCCGUGGUAUGCGAGUCGUUCGGGACCAGGAAUCGCUCAAGGAUGCCUUCGAACGUGCAGCUUCGGAGGCACGCGCCGCCUUUGGCAACGGCACCGUCUUUGUCGAGCGCUUCCUGGACAAACCCAAGCAUAUCGAGGUCCAGCUGCUGGGUGACAACCACGGCAAUGUUGUCCACCUGUAUGAGCGUGAUUGCUCCGUCCAGCGCCGCCACCAGAAGGUCGUCGAACUGGCCCCGGCCAAGGACCUGCCUGUGGACGUCCGCGACAAGAUCCUGGCGGACGCCGUCAAGCUCGCCAAGGCGGUGCGCUAUCGCAACGCGGGAACGGCCGAGUUCUUGGUCGACCAGCAGAAUCGCUACUAUUUCAUCGAGAUCAACCCCCGGAUCCAGGUCGAGCACACUAUCACGGAGGAGAUCACCGGCAUUGAUAUUGUCGCCGCGCAGAUCCAGAUUGCGGCCGGUGCCACCCUGGAGCAGUUGGGCUUGACGCAGGACCGCAUCUCGACCCGCGGUUUCGCCAUCCAAUGCCGUAUCACCACCGAGGACCCGGCCAAGAACUUCCAACCGGACACCGGCAAGAUCGAAGUCUACCGCUCUGCCGGUGGUAACGGUGUGCGUCUGGACGGUGGUAAUGGCUUUGCGGGCGCUAUCAUCACACCGCACUAUGACUCCAUGCUGGUGAAGUGUACCUGCCAUGGUUCGACCUACGAGAUUGCCCGUCGCAAGAUGCUGCGCGCUCUCGUGGAGUUCCGUAUCCGUGGCGUCAAGACCAACAUUCCUUUCCUGACAUCUCUCUUGUCCCACCCCACCUUCAUCGAGGGCAAUUGCUGGACGACCUUUAUCGACGACACCCCGGAGCUGUUCUCGCUCAUUGGAGGUCAGAACCGUGCCCAGAAGCUGUUGGCAUACCUGGGUGAUGUCGCCGUCAACGGCAGCAGUAUCAAGGGCCAGAUCGGCGAGCCGAAGCUCAAGGGUGAAAUUGUCCAGCCAAAGUUACUCGACGAGUCCGGGAAGCCCAUCGAUGUGUCUAAGCCUCCCACCCACGGCUGGAAGAAGAUCAUCGAUGAGCAAGGUCCCGAAGCCUUUGCCCGCGCGGUGCGCGCCAACAAGGGCUGCCUCAUCAUGGACACUACCUGGCGAGACGCCCACCAGUCGUUGUUGGCGACCCGUGUGCGAACGAUUGACCUGCUGAACAUCGCCCGCGAGACCAGCCACGCCUACAGCAAUGCCUACAGUUUGGAAUGCUGGGGUGGUGCCACCUUUGACGUCGCCAUGCGCUUCCUCUACGAAGACCCCUGGGACCGUUUGCGCAAGCUGCGCAAGGCCGUUCCGAACAUCCCAUUCCAGAUGCUCCUGCGUGGAGCUAAUGGUGUCGCCUAUUCCUCACUACCCGACAAUGCCAUCUACCACUUCUGUAAGCAGGCGAAGAAGAAUGGAGUCGACAUCUUCCGUGUCUUUGAUGCUCUGAACGAUGUCGACCAGCUGGAGGUCGGUAUCAAGGCUGUCCAGGCGGCCGGUGGUGUGGUCGAGGCCACCAUCUGCUACAGCGGAGACAUGCUCAACCCCAAGAAGAAGUACAACCUCGAGUAUUAUCUCAACUUGGUCGACAAGGUCGUCCAGCUGGGUACCCACAUCCUGGGUAUCAAAGACAUGGCGGGUGUGCUGAAGCCCAAGGCGGCGACGUUGCUGGUGGGCUCCAUCCGCAAGAAGUACCCUGACCUUCCGAUCCACGUCCACACCCACGACUCCGCGGGUACCGGUGUCGCGUCCAUGGUCGCCGCUGCCCAGGCUGGUGCGGACGCCGUCGACACGGCCACUGACAGCAUGUCCGGCAUGACCUCGCAGCCUAGCAUUGGCGCCCUCCUCGCCUCGCUCGAGGGCACCGAGUUGGAUCCCAAGCUGAACGUGCAACACAUCCGGGCUAUCGACAGCUACUGGGCUCAGCUGCGUCUUCUGUACUCGCCGUUCGAGGCCGGCUUGACCGGUCCGGACCCGGAGGUCUACGAACACGAGAUCCCCGGAGGUCAGCUCACCAACCUCAUCUUCCAGGCCAGCCAGCUGGGUCUGGGCGAACAGUGGGCGGAGACGAAGAAGGCGUACGAGGCGGCCAACGACCUGCUCGGCGACAUUGUCAAGGUCACACCCACGUCCAAGGUGGUCGGAGACUUGGCCCAGUUUAUGGUGUCCAACAAGCUCAGUGCCGAGGAUGUGGUGGCGCGGGCGGACCAGCUCGACUUCCCGGCUUCCGUGCUCGAGUUUUUCGAAGGGCUGAUGGGCCAGCCCUAUGGCGGUUUCCCUGAGCCCCUGCGGUCCAAGGCGCUGCGCAAUCGCCGGAAGCUCGACAAGCGACCGGGUCUUUUCCUCGAACCGCUCGAUCUGGCCAAGAUCAAGAACGAUCUCAAGGAGAAGUUUGGCAGUGCGACGGAAACCGAUGUGGCCAGCUAUGCGAUGUACCCGAAGGUCUACGAGGACUACCGCAAAUUCGUGCAGAAGUACGGUGAUCUGUCGGUGCUGCCCACGCGGUACUUCCUGGCCCGGCCCGAGAUUGGCGAAGAGUUCCACGUGGAGAUCGAGAAGGGUAAGGUGCUGAUCUUGAAGUUGCUGGCCAUUGGCCCGCUGUCCGAGCAGACAGGCCAGCGGGAGGUCUUCUACGAGGUGAACGGCGAGGUGCGCCAGGUGACGGUGGAUGACAGGAAGGCGGCUGUCGAUAAUACAGCCCGCACGAAGGCGGAUCCGACCGACAGCAGCCAGGUUGGAGCACCGAUGAGCGGUGUGGUGGUGGAAAUCCGGGUGCACGACGGUCACGAGGUCAAGAAGGGAGAUCCUAUUGCGGUUCUGAGCGCCAUGAAGAUGGAAAUGGUUAUUUCUGCCCCUCACAGUGGCAAGGUGGCUGCCCUCCAGGUCAAGGAAGGCGACUCGGUCGACGGGCAGGAUCUUAUCUGCAAGAUUGUCAAGUCCUGA